AUGAGUCCAUCUCACCCCGAUAUUACCCAGCCUAAGAAUGUCAAUGAUGAUAAAGAACAGGGUCCAUUCAUGGACCAGGGGUCUUUGAUCAGGGAACAAGGUAUGGAAGGCCAAGAUGUUCUGGAAUCACCAUCACCAUCCAUAUUAUCAGGGCCCGAAAAAGUACUGUCUAUUAUUAUUAUCACCACCAUGACAUUCUUGGGUCCGGCACCGAUGAGCAUUUACUUUCCCAUCCUGGGCAGUCUGUCGCGAGAUCUACACGUUUCUCCCAGCCAAAUGAGCUUGACCAUCACGGUGUAUAUGGUAAUUCCCCGCACCCCGCAGAUUAUGCAAGCUCUCUUUCCCCUGUUAACGGCGAGUUUUUCAGACCAACGUGGACGUCGACCGGUCUUCAUAAUAUGCCUGACAGCGUCUUUGGGGGCCAAUAUCGGCCUCGCGUCGCAGACAAGCUACACCGCACUGAUGGCACUGCGCUGCCUGCAGAGCUUUGGCAGUAGCAGUCUUUCCGUCGUGGGUAUCGCCGCAAUGACGGAUAUCAUCACCCGUGAUGAGCGCGGGAAGUACCGCAUAUACACUUCCUCCGGCUAUACCAUGGCCAGCUUGCUCGGCCCAGUCACGGGUGGUCUCCUUGCACAGUUUCUCGGGUGGCGAAGUGUGUUUUGGUUCCUAGCCAUAUUUGCCGGGGUCAUGCUUCUUCUCGUCCUAGUAUUCCUGCGUGAAUCGUGCCGCGCCUUAGUCCGCAAUGGGAGCGUGCCCUCCCAGCCAUGGAACCGAGCUCUAGUUGAUUGGCUGCAUCCGCUGAAGACCUGUCAAGCAUCGCGCCCUCAACCCCCAUCGACCCUUGGGCGGGGAAUCCUCGAUACGAUCCGACUCCUCGGCCGCUGGCAGACAGGCCUGGUAGUGGCAUUCCAGGCCGUCCUCUUCUGCGGCACCAUGGCUAUCUUUGCCAGUAUCCCGGUGCUCUUUGAGCGCCACUAUGGCUUCCAGCCUUGGCAGGUUGGGCUCGUUUACGUACCAUACGCCGUUGGUGGAUUUGCCGCACGCUGGAUAGUCAACCCUCUAACGACCAAAAACAUGCAGCGAUAUCGUCGCCGUGUCGGGGUGCAGGCCACGGAUUACCUUCCCCAGGAUUUUCCCUUUGAGCGUGCUCGGCUAGAAAUCAUAAUCCCGCUAGUCUACCUGGGCUGUGCUUGGAUGAUGGUAUAUGGUUGGCUGAUGGAGCGGAAGGUGCAUGUGGCUGGACCCUUGGUGAUUCUAUUUUUCGCAGGCAAUGCUAUCACGGGGGCGAGUGUUGGACUUACUGCAAUGCUAUUAGGAAUGCAUCGACGUCGGCCAGCGAUGGCGCUGGCGGCAGCCAACAUGGUUCGAUUUUUGUGCGGUGCUGGUGCAGUGGCGGCCAUUAUCCCCGGGAUCAAAACGAUUGGCAUUGGCUGGAUGGGAACGGUUGUGGCUGGAAUAUAUCUGGUGGUUUCGGGGGUGCUAUGGGUGUUGUAUUAUUAUGGACAUCGUCUACGAAACAGCUACAGGAAGAAAUGA